GCCCAGGGAGGGACGCAGCAAAGUCACUGAGGUCCUCGCACCGGCUCCGUUAUACUGCCACCAAACCACCUGUUAAAGGGAGGGAGGCCAUUGUUAUCGCCGUCCCUCCCGUGAAAUAGUAUGCGGGACGGGAUCUGCUUGGAGCACGUUCACCGGGACGAGCCAGAAGUGGAGUAGAGGAGCGGAGUGCGCCGGGCUGACGCACCGUGUGCCAGCAAGUUGACCGAAAUCACAAAAGUCGCGUCAGCGGGGAAAGGGGACAGUCGCACUCGGAUUUACGGAGGAUUGAGGGAAUAGUUGCCCCGGAAAAAAUGAAAUUCGCAGAGCAUCUUUCGUCCCAUAUCACUCCGGAGUGGAGGAAACAGUACCUCCAAUAUGAGGCAUUCAAGGACAUGCUGUAUGCUGCCCAGGACCAAGCCCCGUCCAUAGAAGUCACAGAUGAAGACACUGUGAAGAGAUAUUACGCCAAGUUUGAGGAGAAGUUUUUCCAGACCUGCGAGAAGGAGCUUUUGAAAAUCAACACAUUCUAUUCAGAAAAGCUCGCUGAAGCCCAGAGACGUUUCGCCACGCUGCAGAAUGAGCUGCAGUCUUCACUGGAUGCUCAGCGGGAGAGCAACGCUCCGCCCGGCCUGCGCAAACGCAAGACGGUGUUCCACCUGUCGCAGGAGGAGCGCUGCAAACACCGCAACAUCAAGGACCUGCAGCUGGCCUUCAGCGAGUUCUACCUCAGCCUCAUCCUGCUCCAGAACUACCAGAACCUGAACUUCACUGGUUUCCGUAAGAUCCUGAAGAAGCAUGACAAGAUCCUGGACACUCCUCGCGGGGCCGACUGGCGUGUGGCUCACGUGGAGGUGGCACCUUUCUACACCUGCAAGAAGAUCACACAGCUCAUCUCUGAGACAGAGGCUCUGGUGACCACAGAGCUGGAGGGAGGGGACCGUCAGAGGGCCAUGAAGAGGCUGAGAGUUCCUCCACUGGGAGCAGCACAGCCCGCUUUGGCCUGGACGACUUUCCGUGUGGGUCUCUACUGCGGCGUCUUCAUUGUCCUCGCCAUCUCCUUCGUUCUCACCGGUGCUGUGUUUAUCCGCUACGAGAACGUGUGGCCUCUGGUGCGGAUUUAUCGGGGCGGCUUCCUCCUGAUCCAGUUCCUCUUCCUACUGGGCAUUAACACCUAUGGGUGGAGACAGGCCGGAGUCAACCACGUGCUCAUCUUCGAGAUCAACCCGCGAAACAACCUCUCACACCAACACCUGUUUGAGAUUGCUGGUUUCCUGGGCGUGCUGUGGUGUAUGAGCAUCCUGUCCUGUCUCUACUCGGAGUACACCUACCUGCCCAUGCAGAUCAACCCUCUCGUCCUGUACGGCUUCAUGGUGCUCUUCCUCAUCAAUCCCUUCAAAACCUGCUACUACAAAUCUCGCUUCUGGCUCCUGAAGCUGCUGUUUCGUGUUUUCACUGCGCCAUUUCACCGCGUGGAGUUCGCAGACUUCUGGCUGGCCGACCAGCUCAACUCCCUGGUGGUCGUUCUGAUGGAUCUGGAGUAUCUCAUCUGCUUCUACAUCUUUGAGCUGCAGUGGAGCAACAGCAAGGGCCUGUUGCCCAGCUUCAGAGAUGACUACAUAUGCCACAGCUACUCGUAUGGUGUGCGUGCCAUCAUCCAGUGUCUGCCUGCCUGGGUCCGCUUCGUCCAGUGCCUGAGGCGUUACCGUGACACCAAAAGGGCCUUCCCUCACCUGGUGAAUGCUGGGAAAUAUUCAACAACCUUCUUUGUGGUCACCUUUGCAGCGCUCUAUGCUACACACAGAGAGCAAGGACACACAGAUGCUGACAUGUUCUUCUACCUGCUGAUCGUGUUCUCGACAGUCAGCUCUCUUUACACACUCAUCUGGGAUCUGCGCAUGGACUGGGGUCUGUUUGACCGUGGAGCUGGAGAGAACACCUUCCUCAGAGAAGAGAUAGUCUACCCACAUAAGGCGUACUACUACUGUGCCAUCAUAGAAGAUGUGAUCCUUCGUUUUGCCUGGACUGUCCAAAUCUGUCUGACCACCAUGACUAACAUCCACUCUAUGGGCGACAUUGUAGCCACUCUACUGGCUCCCCUCGAGGUCUUCAGGCGUUUUGUGUGGAACUUCUUCCGUCUGGAGAACGAGCACCUGAAUAACUGUGGUGAGUUUCGUGCUGUGCGGGAUAUCUCGGUGGCACCGCUCAACGCUGACGACCAGACGCUGCUGGAGCAGAUGAUGGACCAGGAGGAUGGUGUCCGGAACCGCUCUGGCAAGAAGACAUGGAAGAGAUCUUACAGCCUGUCACUCCGACGCCCCCUGCUGUCCUCCUCACAAUCCAAGAAAGACACAAAGGUGCUUAUUGAAGAUACGGAUGAUGAGGCCUUCAGCUGAGUCCAGAGUGUCAGCAUGCACACACACGCACACACACACACACACACACACACACACACACACACAUGCACACACAUGCGCACACACACACACACACACACACACACACACCACACAAACACACGUUUGUAUUACUAUACUUAUGAAGGGUCUUCAUCAUUCCUUAAUCCCUAAUCCCUAACCCCAGAAUAACAAUCCCUAGCCCUUACCCAGCCUGAACCAAAUCCAAAUUGUAAUUGCAACCCUGAAAAGAAAGCUUAAAGAAGUGAGGGCCGGCCCAAAUGUCCUCACUCUGGAGAACUGCCGUCGCUUUUCUUUCCUUGUGAGGACAUUUGGUCCUUGUGAGUAUAGAAAUGCACACAGAUACACACAGCUAAUACACACAGUAUACACACCACAGUGCAGAAACACACAGAAAGACAACCUUGCUGAAGCACAAGAAGAGUGUAGUAUUGCUACAGUUGAGGAGACAGCUAUAACACACAGCCAUACAGACAGUCAGACAGACAGACAGACAGACAGAUAUCACGGCAAACCUGCAGGAUAGGCACAUAGCUGGAGAGACAAGACCACACUGCCCUGGGAUUUUCCUCAGUAUUUUCCUCUUCCUCUUCUUUUUUUUUAACAGACUUUUCAUUUGCAUUAUUUACUUUGAGAUCUUUGUAUAAUUAUUUUAGUUUUUCUUUAAUUUUUUUCUGAAUUUUAUUUUUGGAAAAAAAGCUGCAUAGAUAGGCUACAGAUGACUGUUUACAUGCCUUUUUACUACAUCAGGAUCAACAGGGAGAAGACAAGCCAAUCAAAAGACUAAAUACUGAACAAUAACAGAAGCCUGAGGAAGGACUCAACACGUAUCACAGCAUAUCAAAAAAAAUCAACUGGUUUCAACUUGUUGGUUCUUUUUAUACUCCACGUUUUUGGGUUGAUUUAUUUUGUCUAUUGAGUUGUAAUAAAGUCAGUGUACAACGACAACCCUGGAGGCACUUGCAGGAAAAGUGCAUUUAAUACAUAAACAAAAGAUGAAAAAACAAACUUGUACAAAAAGGAAGUUUUGAUUCAAACUUAUUUCUAGUCUGUGAAGUUGCUUUGUAAUAAUUCUUUUGAUGUGCAUUACUACUCGGAUAUCGUAGUUGCUAUGUACUACUACUUAUGUGUUAUUUAUAAGAGUGAGAGUAGCUCGAGCAUCCACACAAAUGAUUGUUGAUGUAUUUUCUAAUGUUUGGAAUGUUUUUCUCCAUUAGACUUGUGCCAUGUUUUUACGAAGCUAAGAGUUUGACCCCAUUCUGUGGAUAUGAGGACAAAGCCUUUCUCAAUAAUGUCAUUUUGUCCAUUUAUCCACUCCCCCAAUUGGUGCAAAAAAAACGGACUUCAAACAAAAAUCCAAUCAUUAUCGGCCUAAUAGUGUCAUCUCAAAGUGCCCAGUUAGCUACAGUAUAUGUGUGUGCAUUGCUAUUCUUUGCAUUAAUUACCAAAGCUUUAUUUCCAUGAAUGUGUCUGUGGCUAGAGUAGCUUUGUCCAUGCAGCCUGCCUGAGCUAGAGAGUGGAGCGAUCCUGUUAUGAGCUUAAUGUAUAUUGUCCUGGGCUGAUGAUGGGGCCAUGUUUUGCUCUUUGCUGGCAGGUGUUGUCUGUCGUUGGAUAGCCAAGUGAUAUGACUACUAUUACUAGUAUUAUUGUCUAUUAAUGAUGAUGAUGUAUUGUUUCAGGUGGUCCGUUGAAUUGUGAGUGAGAAGUUGCUCUCAGCUCAUACAGGUGCAUUUUGAUGCACUUCACAUUACUGCCACAUACAUGUUUUUUUUUUGUUUGUUUGUUUUUUGUUUUGUUUUUUUUGCUCUAGUGUUCACUGUUGCCUCAUUCAUUUGUAGCACUUUUCGGAGACAUGAUUUUAAGUGAUGUGAAUGUGCUGUAAUUUUAUUUUGCCAAGAGUAGUAACAACACCCAGGACAAAUGAACUGUACAACUGACAUCCAUCAUUAGACCUUUUUUCCUGUUUGCUGAUUUUCCUCCAUCCUGUUUCGAUGACAAACCACUACACACACACACACACACACACACACACACACACAUACACACAUACUGCUACGCAAACACAUAUUCACACACAUUUUGCCUGUCCUUCAGAUUGAGCAAUAUGGUGCAAGCAAAAAUCUUAUCUGCUGUAACUUUGAAAGUAGGUUGCUGCUCUGUUUUGAGGGCCUCCUGCCUUUUCAGGGGAAGCAUAUGAACUGACUAGACACACAGUGGUGUGUGUGUUUCACUCUCUGCUUUCUCCUCCUUUUUACUUCCCUUUCUUCUCUCCUCCUGUGCCCCUCCCUGUGGCUUCGCUGUGUUAACACCACACAGUCAUAAGACAAAGCCCAGAGAGCCUAAAGACAAAUGUGUUUAUUAUACACUCACAGAAAUGUCUGUUUGCACAACUUCAAGUUUGUUUUUUUUUUCUGUGGUGGCUUGAAAGACAUUUCUGCUGAGUGAAAAAGCCUCUCUGGGCACAACGGGCCCUGUGUAAGUUGGAAAGCUAGAAAGUACACAAUGUGUUGUACCUGCUAAGGUCCGCAUUUGGGAAAUAGGUAGUUUCUCUGUCCGUUUAGAUAUACUGGACACAUGCCAUGUUAUGCACAAGUACAUUUAAAGGCAUACAGGCAUAUCAUCGCACACUUACAUACACACACAUAUACACACAAACACACACACACACACACACACAGCCUACAUUGCCUCUCUCUCCCUGUCUUGUGUCAGACAACACAACCCCUCAGCAGAUUGUUUUGUAGUAAGGCUCUGCCUAUGUUGUCAUGCCUGCAUGCUGCUUUUGUUUUACACUGUACAUAGAUCUUAAUUUAUUUUCCAUGAUGUGUAUAUUAACAAUCAUUGUGGCCGCCGUAGCAAUGAUUGGUUUCAUACAUUUAAAUGUUUUUCGCUCAAAGACAAGCAGUAUUUUUAGGUGAUGAGGAGGUUUUUCUGAUUGUUCACAAUCCUGCACUCUUUUUCAUGUGUACAUUUGUCAAAACUGUGUUUGUAUAAAAAAAAAAAUAGAAGAACAUAGAAAAAAAAAGCUAGAAAUGGAGAAUGGUGAUUCUGGAUUGUUAUUGGUUGUAUCUUGUUGGUAAUUCCAUCUUAUUUCCUGACUCCGUCAUCCCCGGGGUUUGCGUCCAGGGCUCAUGGAGGAGGUGGGGACAGCGGGGGCGGAUUCCUGUGUCCUGAAGCUCUGUGACUGCUGAUAUGUGUGCAUUUGUGAAUGUGCAUGAAUCCCUUCUGUCUUUAUCAUGACAUCUUGAUGUUGUAAAUCGUGCUGCAGACGGAGGACAAGCACUGUGGUGAAAGGACUGACAAAUAGGGCACAGGAAGACACCCCCAGUCCAGAGAGCAAGAUACCGCUGCAGAAAAUCAACUCAAAACUGAGCCCAGAUCUGACUGAGCUAUAGCCAACUUCUUCAGCAGCCAGUGGUCGCACAUGAAGUUGAAUAUAUCAUAACCAGAUCUAGGAUCUCAAUAUACUCGCUGGAAGCAUUUUUAUAUGCCUUUUCUGCGAGUGCUGGUAAAAACAAAUCUUUUCGUGACCAGCGACAGUAGGCCUGUUCACAGAGAUACAGUAAGUAUAACUCGUUGACAAAAAUAGGGUUAUUUUGUACAGUUUGUGACUGAUGACGAGAUGGUGGUAACGCAAGCCCUGACAUCACAUUUUCUCAUGGGUGAAAACCACUGAUGAUGAUUUUACUGUUUUUACUGCUUGCUGAAACCCCCGAGAUGUGAAAGUGCUUGAUAUCUCUGCAUCCUCUUCCCUCCUCUUUCUCUCUCUCUCUUGAUGUUGUACCCUCUCUCUAAUCUAGGUGAAUGUGAUAGUACCUGUAGUUUGGUAGAUGGAUGUACUUUGAUAAAAAAAAAAAAAAAAAAGAAGAUAAUAGAAUAAAUACAUUAUGUGGUUAAAUGUGAUUUUAAGAGACAUAAGACUAAAGAAAGGAACACGUCUUACGGACCCAUCCGCCCAGUCUCUUUUACAGAGUAGUUUGUACAUGUCGAGUGUAUAACACUGUACUAUGAUGGUUUUCCUGAUGGUAUUUGUAUUUCUGUAUACACUUUGGUGAUCCUGUCAUAUCUGGGUUUUAUAAACCACGCUUAUUUUUAAAACUCUC